AUGAACCCACCCAUUUCACCGCAACUCGACUUUUCCGGAGACGAAAGCUUCCCUACUUUAAGCAGAGGAGACCCACUACACGGGCCUGACAAAGUCUUCUCAAACUUCCCACUAGAUCCAGAAGUUCGAAAAUUUAUAUACAUCGACAAGAGUUUAUCACAGAUCCCUUUGGAUGCCGGCAUUCGGCAAUUCAUAUAUAGUGGACCUUCAAACCGCCUGGUAUACCUCGCACAGACUAUAAAGAACAACAACCAGAUAUCUACCUUCCCAAAUCACCCAGGAGAGAAUUCCACGUACAAUUUGCAAUUCAGAGGACCUCAAUUCAAAUGCACCACGUCAGAGUACAACAUUACUCUUUCGGCUGAAUACGAUCCGAAGGAAUUUGUGGUACCCAUGUGGGUAUCGUCAUGGGACGAUCAAAAGCUUAUCCAUUCGUUGACACAAUAUGAUAUCAAAACGUUUAAUGCCCACUGUAGGUUCAAUAAUAGCCUAGUCUGGAACGCACAUGCUGUGGCGAACGAGCAGGUCUGCGAAUCUGUCUCCGUACUCUACAACGUCAGCGUCACGUUUCCCAGAGGCGUCCAGACAGUAGACUAUUCCAUCAGCGAUGCAAGAACACUUCCACGAAGAGUCGACAUAUACGAUACAAUCGAUAUUUUGGGCGCCUACGAUGAUCCGAAUCUUAAUCCGGGCAAAUUGUAUGGAAUACAACUUAGGCUUCCAUCGAUACCAGAAGCAAUUGAAGAAUGGCACCAGAGAGUAUCAGAAGCCAUCCCCAUUUCUAAUGAGUGGGCAAUUCUAGACUCAUUGAUGCCCUUUCUUGAUAAGGAAUAUUUCCAUUCGCAGUAUCUGCCCUCAGAUGCAUUAUCGCCACCAGAGCUUUUGCCUCUGCAGCAACCUAUGGUUUUAGAUGGCAAGUGUCAGCAGAUAGAGGAGUCACCGAAUUCUACAGACGAUCUUGUACGUGAGAGCUGGCCGGGCUACCUCAGUUAUAGGGGCGAUCCCUACUUGAGAGGUUCCGUUUUCCACAAGUCUCGAUACAACGAACACGAAGGACUCGACCCAAGACACGCGUUCAAUCUCGCCGAGAACAUGCUUAAUGGGGUUCUAGCCAAUAUCACCAUGUCUGCUAUAUCACUCGGCACCUGGUGGGACAUGGUGCCUGUAACAAGCACAAGAUACAGCAACACAUACACACUUAGUCAUCCGCUCAACCUCAUCCUUCCAUACAGUAUCUGCCUAGCCGCAGCAAGCAUCUUCGUCAUCAUCUCGAUCUGGUCCUUGUGGCAAAAUCGCGCGCCUGCAGCCGAUGGCGGCUUCCUUCAAAUCAUGUUAGCGACCGUGGGAAACACGGAGAUGAGUCGAAUCAUGCUCGAAGAAGGCGUAGCUACGAUCGACGAUAUGUCAGAUGAGCUGAAAAGCUCAAAGAUCAGAUAUGGAGAGCUGGUCUAUGAAGACGAACUGGGGAGAAAAGGCAAACGAUAUGGAUUUGGGACAGCGGGUGAGAUCGUUUCGCCGGGAAGAGAAGAUGAACGUGUCUAA